AUGAAAAUAAACAAAACUAUUCAAAAUGACAAAGUUUUGAUUCUAAUAAGCUUGAUUGUUCGUAUUUAUAGUUUCAAGUUGAAAGAGGAAGCAGGAUCAGACGAUCCAUUCAUUCGUCUUAAAGAAAAACUUGAUAGAAAUUUACCUCCAGAAGAUUCCAAUUAUGCUGCAACUCUUCUGAGUGAAUAUUUUGAACAAGUAGCUGAUCGAUAUACUCUCCCCUUGAUAGAAGACUUUGAUGAUAUUUACGACUUCAUUAUUAUUGGAAGCGGACCAGGCGGUUCAGUUAUGGCCAACAGGUUGUCGGAAAUUCAGGACUGGAAAAUUCUGCUUUUGGAAGCUGGUGAACAAGAAAGUCCUCUGACUGAUGUGCCUCUACUUGCUAGUGUGUUGCAGAGAUCUAAAUAUGAUUGGAAUUAUAAAACUGAACCACAAACCCGAUGUUGUUUGGACGAACAAGGCUACUGCUCUUAUCCUAGAGGUAAAGCCUUAGGAGGAACAAGUGUUAUAAAUGGAAUGCUGUAUGCCCGAGGAAAAUCUGAAGACAUGCACGUUGAAAAUCUACAGAGUUCACCUUACCAUAGUACUGGUGGGUAUUUGACCAUAGAUUCCAAUAAAUUUGAAACACCGUUGGACGAAGCAUUGAUAGAAGCAGGAAGAGAGUUAGGGUAUGAAGAAAACGAUAAUAACGGUGCCAAUCAAACUGGUAUUAUACGUCCUCAAAGUUUUCUCAGGGAUGGUAGUAGAUGCAGUGCAAAUAAAGCUUUUAUAAAGCCUGUUGUUUCCAGAAAGAAUUUGUCAAUCGCCACUGGCGCAUUUGUCAAGAAUAUUUUAAUUGAUUCCGUGAACAAAACGGCGUAUGGUGUCUAUUUCACUAAAAAUAAUAAAGAUUAUACUGUCUAUGUCAGUAAAGAAGUUAUACUUAGCGCUGGUGCAUUGAACUCACCGAAAAUCCUAAUGUUAUCUGGCAUAGGACCAAAAAAACAUCUGGAAGACAAAGGAAUACAAGUGAUAAAAGAUUUACCUGUAGGCAAAGGAUUAAAAGAUCACCUUGGGAUUGAUAUAAGGUUCGAUAUUAAUGGUGAAGUGGAAGUAGACAUCGGAGUUUUAGCAUCUAAUGAACAUGUCACAGACUAUUUUGAAAAUGGCAUAGGACCACUCACACUUGCUGAAGGAAUGAUCACUGUAGGAUCACAGAAAAAAAGAGAUUCAUUUUAUGCUACUGUUAUGUUGAUGCAUCCAAAGAGUGAAGGAGAUGUUGAACUAUAUAGUCAAGACCCUACAGAUCCUCCAAAAAUUAAUCCAAAUUGCUUUGAAGAAUCUGAGGACCUGGAAACUUUAGUAGAGGGACUAAAAUUGGCAGUGGCCUUUACUCGCACUAAAGCAUUAUCUACCUUCAAUGCAACUUUAUAUCUUCCUCCUGAUGCAGAAUGUGAUCACUUGGAAAAGGAGUCAGAUGCAUAUUUUAGAUGCUUUUUGCGCAAUACUAGGUCUGCGGAUCAUCAGAUAGGUACUUGCCGGAUGGGUCCAGUCAGUGACCCCAAGAGCGUUGUGGAUCCAACUUCUUUGAAACCUUAUGGGAUCCAAGGUCUUAGAGUGGUUGAUGCUUCAAUAAUUCCGAUUCCUCCUACUGGACACACCACUUCAAUAGUCUAUAUGAUUGGUGAAAAAGCUGCAGAUUUUGUCAAAAAAGACUGGACGUAA